AUGUCGGACCAAGCAUCAUCAACUGAUACAACUGGCUCGACUGAACUUAAAGCUGGCCAUCCUCCAGCUACUAAAGUAGGUGGUAUGCGUGUUGGUGCACCUCGACCACGACAUGCAUCACAUGGUGAAGAAAAGAAUGCUGCUGAUGAGGAUACUGAAGGUGUUCAAGAAACAUCGGACGAUAAUGCAGCUGCAACUAGUGGUAACAAUGAAACGGCUGCUGAAGAUGUUAAUAAUGAAGAGGCUACAAGCGCUGUUGCUCAUCGUACAGCUGGUGAAUUGGUUUCAGGAGUAUUUGUACCAAUUGAAAAGGCAUAUACAACUGAAGCUGUGAAAAAUAUUCAUGAUAAACCUGGUACACAUCCGAAAAAUGAAAUUCAUACUCAUGCAAAAUAUAAUGACCAAAAACAAUUAUGUGACCUUGGUUUUCUCUCAUUGUUGAGCUCAGAAUCUAAUGAUAAUACAUCAGACACAACUCCUCUUUUUCAAAGUGAUAUGAUUGAUAAUGGUUUACUUAAUUUUUCACUUUUUCUUAAUUAUAUUCUUAAACAUAUUGAUCGAUUAACUAUUCGAGCUGUGAGCAUUUUACAACGAUCACAUGAACUAUGUUUAGAUCUUUUUAAUGAUAGUGCCUUUGAUAUGGCUAGAGAUAUACUUAUCACACCUAAACGCUUGAGUUAUGCACGUGAAAAAGAAAAAAAUCUUUAUGAAUCAUUAGUUGCAUUAACAAAUUCUAAACAAAAUGAAAUUCAAAAAUUAAUUUUACAAGCUGUUGAUGAAAUGCAUGAAGUACUAACUGAUGAAGCUUGUUCACUUGAAAUUCCAGGCAUUGAACUUACUGAUCAAUUAACUGUAAAACAUGCACGAGAUUUAAAAAAAUGUACAAGUGUUAUACAAGAACAAAUUCUUGUACGAUUAAAUGAAACAAUAGCAAAUAAAUUAUUAGAUUCAAUUAAUGUUUUACAUGAUAAUUAUGUUGGAACAUUAACACGUUGUCUUUUUAGUUUAGAAAGUGAUAGAGAUGAUGAUGAAUCAGAACUAUCAGCAAGUAAAGCGCUUCAAGAGCUUUUUCGAACAUUUAGUUGGAAUCAUUUUCCACGUAUCGAUCCAGAAUUCAAACGUGCUGUUGCACUUAAUAUAUUAAAUAGUCUUAGUGAAGCGAAAUUAGCGAAAAGUGUUUGUACACAAUUAAAUGAUCGUAUACGUAUGUCACAUGAUAGUUUUGAAACAUUACUUAAACAACUUGAACAUCGUCAUUCGGAUCGUCUUAAAUCAACUGAAGAUAAACAACAACGUGUACGAAAAGAAUGUACACCGAAAAUAGCUCGAUUAUUACUUGAAAGUACAUCAUUAAAAGAUCUUAUUCAAUAUGGUAUACCAAAACAAGGACGUGAAAUAGGACGUGGACAAUAUGGUGUUGUUUAUGAAUGUAAAAAUUGGGCUAAUCAUCAAUCAUGUGUUUUAAAAUCUGUUAUGCCACCUGAUGAUCGACAUUGGAAUGAUCUUGCUUUAGAAUUUCAUUAUUUAAGACGAAUUCCAGAACAUCCACGAAUUGUUAAAUUAAUCGGAUCAGUUAUUGAUUACGGUGAUAAUGAUCAAACACCAGUUUUACUUAUUAUGGAAAGACUUAAACGUGAUUUAUAUGCAGCUUUAAAAAAUCGACUCGAAUUUGCAAUAAGAAUGCGUAUUGCUUUAGAUGUUGUGGAAGGUUUAAGAUAUUUACAUGGUUUAGGUCUUGUACAUCGUGAUAUUAAAUUAAAAAAUGUCUUGUUAGAUGAAAAUAAUCGUGCUCGUAUUACUGAUCUUGGUUUUUGUAAACCAGAAGUUAUGAUGAGUGGUUCUCUAGUUGGAACUCCAAUUCAUAUGGCACCAGAGUUAUUUACAUCAAAAUAUGAUCAUACAGUUGAUAUUUAUGCAUUCGGUAUAUUGUUUUGGUAUAUAUGUUCAAAUGGUGUUAAGUUACCAACAAAUUUUGAUGUUUGUUCAUCAAAAGAUAUUCUUUGGUCAGCAGUUAAAAAAGGUGUGCGACCAGAACGCUUAAUGGAUUUUAGUGAUGAAUGUUGGAUAAUAAUGACAAAAUGUUGGGAUACUCAACCAUCACAAAGACCUUAUUUAGGUGAAGUUCAAGAAAAAAUUGAACAAAUUCUUAAUAAUACAAGAACAACAUCUGUUUGA